GAUUGUUAGCGAGAAGAGAAAAGAGAAAGUGCAUCGACUGGCGAGGUUUGGGUACAACACCAACAUGCAUUGAUAGAAAAAACCAGAUUGAGAUUGUACAGAACGCGCUCAGACAAAGGAAAUUUCUAAAUAAAUAAAUCAAAAUCAAAAUCAAAAUCAAAUAUCCUUUCCUUCGCAGCCUCGUCACAACAAGUAAACGAAAUUACGUAGAAGCUGCUUUUCCUUCCUCUUUCUCGUUCCCUCUCUCUCUCUCUCUCUCAGGUACCCCUAAUUCUUGUUCUUGUAGGCAAAAUUUGGAACCAAAACAAAAACAAAACAUAACCUUUGUAAAUUUUGUUGCAGCAUCAUAUGAUUACAUAUAAUUUUAAUUCCUACCUUAUUUGUUGUACUUCAAUUCAAUUUCCUUUUAUUUAUUUAUUUAGUUAAUCAAUUCCUUGUUUAGGGUUUUUGUCUGAAACCCAAGAACCCGCCACCCCCUUCUUUUCCUUUGAUUGCAAUUGCAAACUUUAAGAUUAGGGGUUUUGAUUUGAUUAAUAAUAUGAUACAACGACCCAAGGGGUUUUUGGGUCCCAGAAAUGCCCGCUUUCGUGGGGGUUUCAAUGGAAUUUGUGCUUUGGUGUUGUUGUUUUUCUUCUUCUACAAUCGCCAUGGUUUUCUGACGAGAAGGGGUUGGAAUUCGCAUAAUUUGAGUCUGAUUCCUGAUUGGGGUGGUGGAGCUGAUUCGUUUGAGGUUGUUAGUCGAAGAAGAAUUUCUGAAGUUAAUGUGAGUUCUUUGAAUUUUACUGGUGGUGUUGUUAAUGGGUCGGCUACCGAUGAUUUGGCGGUCAGGGAUCCGAAACUGUGUGCCGGAUUGUCUGAACACACGGGCUAUAAAAGCAAAUGUGAGUUUUUGAUUGCCAAUCCUGAGUGUUCGCCAGGCGGGUAUAUUGAUUAUAUCAUGUUCUUUUAUUGUGAUUGUGAGAAUGUUAGCGUUUUGGGGUACUUAGUGUUGUUCAUAUGGUUGGCUGCUUUGUUCUAUCUAUUGGGGAAUACUGCCGCCGAUUACUUUUGUUGUUCUUUGGAGAAGCUUUCGAAUCUUUUGAAGUUGCCGGCGACUGUUGCAGGAGUUUCCCUGCUUCCUUUGGGGAAUGGAGCUCCUGAUGUGUUCUCCAGCAUUGCUGCGUUUGUGGGAAAGGACGCAGGCGAAGUGGGUCUUAAUAGUGUACUGGGAGGAGCUGUCUUUGUUACUUGUAUUGUUGUGGGGACAAUAUCGCUGUGUGUGGCCGAGAAGAGGGUUCAGAUUGAUAGGAAAUGUUUCAUCAGAGACAUAUGUUUCUUCCUCUUCAGCAUCAUGUCGCUUGCCAUCAUUUUGACUGUUGGUAAGGUGACUGCUGCUGGUGCCAUAGCAUUUGUGUCUAUUUAUGUGGUUUAUGGGUUUGCAGUUGCUGCAAAUGAGAUUCUGAGGAAACAUGCUCGGAAGUUAAGGUUGGAUGCUGUAACACCAUUACUUCCUGUUAGAGGAAGUGUCUUUUCUCAGGGGAGUGAGGAGGAUGAUUCUAUAUAUGCCUCACUGCUUGAGUCUGACUCUCAAAGUGAGGUACCACAUCUCCAAAGUAAGUUGCCUCAAUGGAUGUGGGCUUCAAAUGUGGCAAUCUAUUCAAACCAGGGCAUGAAGGCUGGUUCAGAGAGUCCGAAGUCCUAUUGGGGUUGGAAUGACGAGGACAUGGAGAAUGGAAGUGCUUACUGCACAUUUUCAAAAAUUUUAGCACUGCUAGAGCUGCCGUUGAUACUCCCGAGACGGUUGACAAUACCAAUAGUUGAGGAGGAGCGCUGGUCAAAAGGGUAUGCUAUUGCAAGUGCUUCACUAGCACCCAUUCUUCUGGCAUUUUUGUGGAGCACCCAGGAUGAUGUGAGUUCUUUGAGUGGACAAAUAGCAUAUUUUAUUGGUGUUGUUUUGGGUGGUAUAUUUGGUGUUCUUGCAUAUCUAUACACAAGACCUGAUGAAGCACCUCGCAAAUUUUUAUUUCCAUGGGUUUUGGGAGGAUUUUUCAUGAGCAUUAUCUGGUUCUACAUUGUUGCAAAUGAGCUUGUUGCUUUGCUGGUGGCAUUAGGUGUAAUUUUUGGAAUUAACCCAUCAAUACUUGGAGUAACUGUAUUGGCAUGGGGAAACUCAAUGGGUGAUUUAAUGUCAAAUGUUGCACUGGCAAUGAAUGGUGGAGAUGGUGUACAGAUAGCCAUGUCAGGAUGCUUUGCAGGGCCUAUGUUCAACACGCUUGCUGGUUUGGGGAUCUCAAUGCUGCUUGGAGCCUGGUCUAAGAGACCUGCCUCAUACAUAGUUCCCCAAGAUAGUAGUUUGUUUUUGACUAUGGGAUUUCUAACUGCAGGACUUAUUUGGUCACUUGUUGUGUUACCAAGAAAUGAUAUGCGCCCUAACAAGGUGUUAGGAGUUGGCCUUAUAGUAAUCUAUCUGAUAUUUCUCACUUAUAGGAUGAGCACAUCCAUGGGUGUUGUGUCAGUCAUAGGUGCCCAUUGACGACUUGUGUAUUCAUCACUAGCAUGGUGAUAUUUGAUGAUUUCUGAACCUGAGAGCACAGCUCCUCUUGAUGGUGGUCGGUUCAUCCUUGUGCCUAUAUUAGACUAAACUCAUGCAAACCGGGUAUAGUGUCGAGUUGGAAUGGCAGUGUCAAUGCCAUAAAUUGUUUCUCAUAGCAAAUGAAAGUAAAUAUCAUUGAUGAUGUAUAACAAAUUUCAUGUUGAUCCAGAAGAAAUUUAUCCUCUGUCUGUUAUCUAAACUCUUGUACCUUCUUCAUCUUUAUCCACUUUUGAUCAUUGUGAUCUGCUUAGUGCUA